AUGAACGGUGGAAUGAUCUUAAGUUAGUUCUAUGAUCUACCAAACUUCAUCCUCUCAAGAAACACUUAGACGAUUAUGUAUCUCUCGUGCGCAUCGACCCUGAACUACAGAUCAUACAAAAUUUACGUAUUACUAUGCCCUAAAACAAUGCUACUUAGGAAGUGUGCGUGUGUGUGUUCAUGUGGAGUGUAGGGGCGUCCCUGGACUGCUCGCAAAGCUGAAGAGAUCCAACGCUACGUGGACCGCAACGAAUGGAAGAACUUCUUCUCCGCGAUCAAUGCUGUCUACGGUCCUCCGACGAAGGGCACUGCUCCUCUCCUCAGCGCCGACGGCAGCACUCUCCUGACUGAGAAGACGCAAAUCCUACAGCGAUGGGCCGAGCAUUUCUGGGGCGUCCUCAACCGCCCUUCCGUAAUCUCCGACGCCGCAAUCGCCCGCUUGCCGCAAGUGGAGACCAACGUGGACCUCGACCUCCCGCCAUCUCUCCAGGAAACCAUCAGGGCCGUGCAGCAGCUCUCCAGCGGGAAAGCAACCGGAUCAGACGCAAUCCCUGCUGAGGUCUACAAGCACGGAGGUCCCCAACUAAUAGAUCACCUGACUGCGCUCUUCCAGGAGAUGUGGCGUCAAGGUAAAGUCCCGCAAGAUUUCAAAGACGAAACCAUUGUGCAUCUCUACAAGCGAAAAGGGAACCGCCAAGUCUGCGACAAUCACCGCGGCAUCUCCCUACUGAACAUCGCCGGGAAGAUCUUCGCUCGCAUCCUCCUCAACCGCCUCAACAACCAUCUGGAACAGGGCCUUCUGCCGGAAAGCCAAUGCGGCUCCCGUCGUCAUCGUGGGACCACGGAUAUGAUCUUCGCCGCCCGCAAACUUCAGGAGAGGGGCCAGGAGAUGCGGACCCACCUGUACUCUACCUUCGUGGACCUGACGAAAGCCUUCGACACGGUGGAUCAUGAAGGACUGUGGAAGAUCAUGCAGGAAUUCGGCUGUCCGGAGCGACUCAUUCAGAUGGUGCGUCAGCUGCACGACGGUAUGAUGGCGCGAGUCACGGACAACGGAGCUGUCUCAGAGGCAUUCGCAGUGACCAACGGAGUGAAGCAGGGAUGA